CUGCUCAGUGGUCACAUAGCUUCACCUUCUCUUUGCUCUGUUGGUCUAAGCAAUCCAAAUAUCCACCCAGGCUCAAGGGGCGGGGAAAGACUCUGCCUCUUGCCGGGCGAUUAGGAGGUCACAGGAUAAGAAAAGUGUUAUGGGAUGAGAGAUGUUGUUAAGGCCAUCUGUGGAAGAUCCGAUCUGCCUCAACAAGCAAGAACAAAGAGAUUGGAAGGAAUGCACAGAAGAAAAUGUGACAUUCAGAAAAUCUCCAGAUGAUAGGCCGGGUUUGACCAGCUGACCUGGACUUGGCCAAAGGCCCUGUCCUCUAUCAUGGCCACCUUGCCAUUCUGGCUGACUAAGAAGAUGUUUCCCUUCAAGGUGAGCAAAUGGAUGGGGCUUGCUUGCUUCCAGUCAAUGGUGGGCUCCUCACCCAACAUUCGGCAGAAGAAACUAAUCCAUAAGCUGCAGGAGGAAAAGGCUUUUCGGGAAGAGAUGAAAAUUUUUCACGAGAAAAUAGAAGACUUCAGGGAAGUGAUGUGGAAUUUCCGAGGCAAGAUCCGUGCUUUCCGGGGUCAGAUCUUAGGCUUUUGGGAAGAGGAGAGACCUUUCUGGGAAGAGGAGAAAACCUUCUGGAAAGAAGAAAAAACCUUCUGGGAAAUGGAAAAAUCUUUCCGAGAAGAGGAGAAAAUCUUUUGGAAAAAGUACCGUACCUUUUGGAAGGAGGAUAAGGCCUUUUGGAAAGAGGACAAUGCCUUAUGGGAAAGAGACCGGAACCUUCUUCAGGAGGACAAGGCCCUGUGGGAGGAAGAGAAAGCCCUGUGGGUAGAGGAAAGAGCUCUUCUUGAAGAGGAGAAGGCCCUGUGGGAGGAUAAAAAGUCCCUCUGGGAGGAAGAGAAUGCCCUCUGGGAGGAGGAGAAAGCCUUCUGGGUAGAAGGUGGUGGCCGAAUUGCUGAGGAACAGAUACCCGAAGGCAGGCACUCUAACGUCAAUGGAGGGCUACAGUCCCCAGCCUUCUCCCGAGGCAGAGCUUGAGCGCAGGAGAUGAAGGGCCAUGGGGUCCAGACUCUGCUGGAUUGGGAUUCAAGUCCAGGGUGACCCUGUGUG